ACUGUAUACGACGGCGGCGGCGGCCGAUGAUGUUCGCGCACGUAGAUAGGUUAGGGGAAGUGUUGGCCGCUGCCUCGUCUCUGUUUAUCCGCGUUACUGAGGUCGCGUCCCGCCCGCAGAUCGUCCCCAGCGCCCGUCCGACCGCGAUGAGACGUUCGUAGCGGAGGUUAGACGCCGAGGUAACCGUCGAUCGAUGCCGCGCGAUCGGGCGCGGUAGCACAGAUGAGGCGUAGGAUUUAAAUGUGCCGGAUGCGUAGAAGACAGUUGGCAAAAUGGGCAAGUUGUUGUCAAAGAUCUUUGGCAACAAGGAGAUGCGUAUUCUCAUGUUAGGACUGGAUGCGGCUGGAAAAACUACAAUAUUGUAUAAACUUAAAUUAGGACAGUCUGUGACAACUAUACCAACUGUAGGAUUCAAUGUAGAAACAGUUACCUAUAAGAAUGUUAAAUUUAAUGUGUGGGAUGUAGGUGGUCAAGAUAAAAUACGUCCGUUAUGGCGUCAUUACUAUACAGGGACGCAAGGACUUAUUUUUGUAGUAGACUGUGCAGAUCGGGAUAGAAUCGACGAAGCUCGUCAAGAACUUCAUCGAAUCAUAAAUGAUAGGGAAAUGCGUGAUGCGAUAAUUUUAAUCUUUGCUAAUAAACAAGAUCUUCCGGAUGCAAUGAAACCGCACGAAAUACAAGAGAAACUGGGAUUAACUAGGAUACGAGAUAGAAAUUGGUACGUUCAGCCAUCUUGUGCCACAACGGGAGACGGGCUUUAUGAGGGCCUUACGUGGUUAACCAGUAAUCAUAAAUUAUGAGCAAAUAUUUAUUUUUCACAAAUUAGCUAUAUAUAUAUAUACAGAGAAUACACGCAUUUUGCUUUGUAUUUUUUAUUUUAAUUUAUCAUGUGGAGGCUUUGUCAAAAUGAACAACUGACAAUGAUACAUUUGACGACAUUUUUUACAAGUAAAGUUAUCACAGGUGCAAAAGGGGAAAAAACAAUAUAAAGACAACUAUUAAUGGUGUGUUCCAAUAAUAUCGACACUAGGUAAAUAGUAAUUUAUUGUAAACGAGGUACCAAGGGGCGCAACCUUUGUUAUACUAGCUAUUUAUCCCGUUUCAUGUGGAAAUAAAUAGAGUUACGCGCUAGCGGGUUUCAUAUCCGCCCUGUACAUGUAACAUAUUCACACAAGUGUACUGUUUCAUGAGACACAUAAGUUGUACAAGUUAAAGAGAAGAAAGGAAACAAAAAAUUACGAGAAUCUAGUUAUGAUAUUAAGAGGUUCACGGAUUCACAAGGAUUAGUAUACUGUAUAACUUACCUUUGCAGGAUCAUAUCUAAUAUCUAUGUAACUGUUAUUUGAGCAAAGUUGCGUUUCUCGAGCGGAAAGUACCUCAGGUUUUUAAACGAAACGCAGCUAGAUUUUUAACUUUGCAAUAUCUUGUUGUCGAAAUGCUAUCUAAUGUGUAUUAUAUGAUAUUCGUAUAUAUAGCCCGUGAGUAUAAUACGUGAAUAAAUUUACAAUACCUACAUUGAGGCUUUAUAUAGUACUGCGAUGCUAUAUUCCGUUAGAAACAUCCUUGCUGUUUAGAAUUCUGUGCCGAAAAAUUGCUUAUAAAUUUGAUUUUUUUGUAACGUCGUCUUCCAACGUAUGUUUUAAUUUCUAUUUUUUUCGUUCGUCUCGAUCACGGGUGAUCGAAAUGCGAUAAUAUCUAAUGCAUCACCAAACUUACUACGAUUACGCACAAGUUGCAGAGUAUAGGAAGCAAUGCAAUAAGGAGUUAUCGGUUUACUGAUAUUGUGAGCUCAAAAACCAAAAAAAAAAAGAAAAUAAUGUUACAAAGAACGUAACAGCAUUGAAUCUGCCAAUAUUUUUUACUGUUUAAGUAAAUAUCGGAUAAUAAAGCAUAUUAGUAUUAUAGGUCGCAAAAACGAUCGGAUUGUUAAGAACCACACUUUAAACGGACGAGAUAAAUGUUUCCGUGACCGUUUUACUUCUCAUAGCGCAUAAUCUAUAGAGUAAGAUUAGUAAGAAUAUCUCGAGAUUCAUAACUGAUUCAUAGAAGUUUACAAGUGUUCAAAAUGUUUGUGUAUUAUUAUUGAAUCAAAUUGAGUUACAAGUAAAUAAUAGUGAUGAUACAUCUUGUAAUUCGUGAAUGCAUUGACACCUUGUUUACAUUCCAUGGUACAUACAUUAGCGAAUUAGAUUGUUAGAGAAAAACGUUUAAGUUAUAUGAAUGAUCUUCUACAUGGAUUAUAACAAAAGAUUUUUCCUGAACGUAAGUUUAUGUAACUUCCUCAGCAUCCGUACCAUUAAUAUUAAGUAAUCUCACUUGAAAGAUGAUGAAGUUGAGCGCAUCGUCUGUAAAAUCAGGCUUUGGAAAUACUCAGCUCUUUUUCCAGGAACAUUAGAUAUAUUACUUAGCACUCUCUAUGGCCAUGGUAUUUGUACAACUUCGUGAACGUAAUCUCUACAUUUUUUAACAAUAAUGUUUGAAUAGUACCAUUAUUGUCUACUCUCUCUAAUCUAAUAUAAAAAUAUAUAGUUGUGUUACGUUUUACCAUCAGCUUUAGCAGAAGCCAUUUUCUCAUUAUUAAAUGUGAUGUUAUGAUGUUGAAUGACGAAGUUUUAUGUACAUAAAUAUGUUUGAUAUUCCA